GGCGUGCUCUGUCCCUGGACAUCGACCAAUCAGCAGCUAACCCUGCUGCUCUCGCUAUGGCCAUCCUCAACUCCACUAAAACAAUAUGUGGCGGCCCCCAGGUCCCCCUGGUCAUCAUCAGCCAGCCACUCUCCGCACCAAUCACGGGCCAGAGCAGCAGGUGCCCUCAAGCGCUGCAGGAGAGACUAGCUGGGCCCCCUCCUGACAUCCAGACUGAGGUGGUUUUAGAAUUGAUCCAAAAUCGAUCACCAGAUUUGAUCCAGUCCUCUUCACACAUGAUAUCACUUCCUGUGGUUAAUGCUCAGCCAGUUGAUGAGCUCACUGGUGAAUCAUCAAACGUCAGUGAAGAUCUGCCUACACCUGACGAAGAACCAUCUGUGGAUCAAUCGGUGAAGAAGAGAGAAACUGUUAAAGAUGAAGAUGAGACGAGGAGUCUACCAGGGCUGACUGAUGACCAGCAGAGAGAGGAAGAGCGGAGGAGGAGGAGGGAGUUGUACAGACAGAAGAGGUUUUUUUGUGAACUGUGUAACAAAGGUUUUCAUCAGAAACAUCAGCUGAACAAACAUGCGUCGUGUCACCUGAAGCCUUUUCCAUGCAGCUUGUGCGAUAAAGGUUUCUACAAAAUCACCACGCUGCACAAACACCAACUGAGCCACCAGCUGAGGGCGGCGCAGGAGAACGACCCUGACAAGCUGUUGCGUUGCGACCAGUGUGACAGGAAGUUCAGACUGCUGAGACAGCUCCGAGCCCACCAGGCUGGCCAUCGGCUCGAGAAGACGCCGCUCGUCUGCCACGCCUGCGAUCGCACCUUCACCUCCUCUAGUGCUCUCCGCUACCAUGAGUUGUCGCACGCCAAAGUCAAGCCCUUCAUGUGCGACGUCUGCGGGAAGAGUUUCACACGGAAGAAGAGCCUCCGAGAGCACCAGACCGUUCACACCGGUGCCCGUCCGUACAUGUGUCAGACUUGUGGGAAGGGCUUCUCCACCGCCAGCAACCUUCGCGUUCACAAGAGAUCGCAUUCAGAGGAGCGACCUUUCAAAUGCAGCGAGUGCGACAAAGCCUUCAAGUGUCGCAUGGGUCUGCUGCAGCACGCCAUCGUCCACUCCGGAGAAAAACCCUUCAUGUGCCAAACCUGCGGUCUAAGCUUCGGACUAAAGUACAACCUGCAGAGACACCUGCGGCUUCACAACGGAGAGAAACCAUUCAGGUGUGAUCAGUGCGGGGAGGGGUUCACCGGGACCUGGGCUCUGAAGACUCACAUGCUGGUUCACGGAGUGGAGAAGCCGUUCAUGUGUGAUUUGUGUGGGAAGACGUUUUUCUACAACUGUCAGCUGCAGAAACACCAGCAGCUGGUUCAUCACAGUAAAGACGGAGUGACAGACAGAGGGAAGGGGAGACGCAGUUCGACCGGGGUCAAGCCAUUCUGCUGUAAAAUCUGUCUGAAGAGCUUCAGCAGCAGCACUACGCUGAGGACACACGAGAAGAGUCAUGCAGAGAACAAAGAGUUCACCUGUGACACCUGUGGGAAGUCGUUCCACCUGCGACACAUGUACCUGUACCACAUGAGGCAGCACAGCGGCGACCGGCCGUAUGUGUGCGGCAUCUGUCAGAAAGGUUUUCUGCUCUCGUCACAGCUUAAGCAGCACCAGCUGCUGCACACUGGAGUCAAACCUCACCGGUGUGAACAGUGUGGGAAAGAAUUCAGGACGCCACAGAACUACCACCGCCACCUGCUGGUCCACACCGGAGAGAAACCCUAUCAGUGUGUGGUGUGCAGCAGGAAGUUCAGGCAGUCUAACCAGCUCAAGUCCCACAUGCAGAUCCACACGGGCGUGAAGCUGUACUCCUGCGACCGCUGCAGUCAGGGCUUCUCUGACUCUCGGCAGCUCAAGAAACAUUGUUGUGGAGACGACGGCCUGAACGACCUCGAGUCCGGCAACAAACGGAGGAAACACAGGGAUGAGUUUCCAUGGACACAAGAGUUUACAAACAGUAACAGCUGAAAUGUUUCUUAGAGAUCAAUAUAGAUUUGGGGUCAAUGGCCUCAAGUCUGCAUCAGCCAUUAAAGAUGGACCACAUGACAGCUUCAUCGCCCCCUGGUGGCUGGCUUGCUGUAGUAUAGGUCAUAAACCUCCUCCAUGUUAGCAGAUGGGAAAUGGACUAGAGUUAGGGGUAAAUGUUUGUCAAAGAUGGUUUCUUUCAUUUCAGGUCAUUCUUAUCUCACUGUGUGAAGUGUUUCUGAUCACUUUGGUUUUAAUUAGUUAUUUGAUGAUUGACAGCUGAGACUGAUCCUUGAUACCAUGGCUCCACCCCACUUUCAAGACUACAUAGACUCUUACUGUAAAUUACGUCCUUACCACAAGAUGGCAGAGUUGGUAUCGGACGUAUCCAUCUUUAUAAACAUUCACUGAUUGUAUGCAGUUAUUGAUCGUCAUUAUAUACAGUUAUUGAUUUUCUGUAUUUACAUCAGAUCAUCGUUAUAUCAAUUUAUUCAAAUAGCAUCAGUGUGAGAAGAGAACAACACUUGUUUUCUUUCUGUUUAUAUGACUUUUGUUUGAUUUUUUUUCAUGAUAUAAAUGUAUUUCCAGAGAAAUAUUUUCCUCUGAUUGAUUCAGUUCAUGUGAAAAAUGAAACACUGUUGUUUUGAUCGAUCACAUUCACUUGUGUGUUUGUAAAUAUGUUGAUCUCAUGAAAUAAAUACCCAUCUAGUUUCA